ACAACUCCACCAGGCAGAUCCAGGAAAGGCCAGGGUUCAUUGCAAUCCCCUGACCAGUUUCUUCUGCAGCCAGCCGCCAUGGGGAUCCUUCAUAGCUUGCUCCUCAUCUUGGCUGGACUGUUGGGUUCUCUUGCCCAGGAAGAUCUCCAAAGGAAGGUCUUCCUUUUCGCGGAACCGACAGACACCGCUCACGUGAUCUUGAAGGCCAAGUUGGAGCGGCCUUUGACGAGUGUCACGGUUUGCUUGAGAUUGUCCACGGACAUCUCUCGAGGCCAGACCCUUUUCUCUUACGCCACCGACACCAACGCCAAUGACAUUGUCAUCGACAGACUCAGCCGCUCCCAGUACAGGCUUUACAUUGGGGGUGAUGCGGUGAAGCUUAAUGUUGUGGAAAGGGCGACCCCCAUGCCCGGGUGGGAGCACAUCUGCCUCGCUUGGGAGUCCACCAGAGGGGUGGUGCAGUUCUGGCUGGACGGCAACCCUAUGCCCCGCAAGGCUGUGAAGCAAGGUUACGCUGUCGCCCCCCAGGCCUCGAUCAUCCUCGGGCAAGAUCAGGAUUCCAUGGGCAGCGGCUUUGAUUUCAUGCAGUCCUUUGUAGGGGAGAUGACGGAAGUAUACAUGUGGGACAGGGUCUUGAGUCCCCAAGAAAUGUGCCUUGUGUGGGACAAGCGCAUUCCUCCCAACUCUGUGAUCAACUGGAGGUUCUUGACUUACGAGAUGAAGGGCAAUGUGAUCCUGGUGCCCAUCCUUUCCACAGUUUGCAGAGCUGAGUGUGGGUGUCCUUUGCAAGGAAUGCCGUGCUGUGGGAGAAGAGCAACCCUUUAAAAUGUCUGAGUUUUUCUCUCUUUUAACCUCGCACAGUGGCUCAGCAAGUAGUUGCUGGGUUGAUUCCAACUCAUUCCACCCCAUUAGGAUUUCUAUGAGAUUCGUAUGCCCGCACUCUCCCAAUACUAAUAUUUUUCCAAUGAGGGAAUGGGCAAAUCUGUCCAUUUCAGUUUCACAUUUUCCAGUUGUUCUCCGUAUUUCUGCGUCAGUUUGUGACUUUGUUUUUUUUAAAAAAAAAACCUCAUGAAAAUUUAUCAGCAUUUUAGGGUGAAUUUUUCCUAAUAUAUACAUUUUUGUAGGCAAUUUCACCUAAUAUAGACAUUUUUGCAAAACAAUUUCCCCUAACAUUUUGGCAUGUUAUUUUCACUAAAAAUAUGCGUUUUCAUGCAGAAUUUACCGCAGUAGAUGUAUUUCUGUACACAGUCCUUGGCUGGAGGACUGCAUUGCAAAAUUCGGAGACGCUCGUCUUUUGGUUCGUGU